UGAUGCGGUUCAGAAAAGUCACGCAGUUUAUUAAAGAACAGAAACCCAGGCGAGAGGGUGAACCUGCCCUCCUCUCUCUCUCUCUCUCUCGGGAUCAGGAGCUGCUCGUUCUCAGUGUGAAGCGGUAGCUUCAGACGAUGACCUAAACUAACUUGUCCUUCCUGGAACCAAGGCUCUGCGUGUUGUACAGUAUUAUUUGGAGGCCAUGUUGUCUCCCACAGCAGAAGGCUCGCAGUCCAUUCACGAGUGGCUUGGGGGGCUCCGCCUUGAGCAGUACAGUCCCACCUUCCAGGAGGUUGGUCUCGGAACUGUAUGGGAAUGCCGGGAGCUGACUGCCUGUCAGCUGGAGCGCAUGGGCGUGGCUUUGUCAGGCCACCGGAAGCGCAUCCUGCUGAGCCUGCAAAAGCUCUUCCCUUCAGAACGAGGGAUUAGUGGAGAGGAAGAGGACGAGGGGCAUAAGCCUAUUCCAAAAGAAAGGACGAAAUUCCGCACUUUUGCAGGGACUGACUCGGGGGUGAACUCGGAUCAGAAACAGAACCUUCCCACUAAUAAUUCCGUGACUCACAAGAAAGGUCCUCCCCCAAUCCCACCUCGGGCAACUCAGAACUGUCCUCCGGUACCAUUCUUGACUGUUUCUGUUACCGCAGCUGUGACCGCUGAGGACGUGUCUGUGACUCCUAGCGAUCUCGCUUCUGUACCUUUGACCAAGGUGACUCAGCCAAGACCUGUGCCCACUCCAGUUCCUGUUCCAGUUCGGCCCCAGCCACGAAACUUGCCUCUUGCUCCGAGGCGGCAAACUGGAGAUCGGAAACCAUCACCCGUCUCACCAUCAGCCGUCUCACCAUUACAUGUGUCUCCCUCCUGCUCCUCCGCCUCACCAGCAGAACAGUUCCACCUGUAUGAGCAGUGUUCUUCCCCAGGCCAUGCUGAAUUGGGUGUUCCUCCUCUCCCUCCAAAGUCAUAUGCUGUAGUGACCCCCAGAGAACCUAAAGUCACCCCACCUGCCAGGCCCCCCCGGAGACCCCCCAUACCCCCCCGCAACACCAUGGCAACCACCAAUAAAACCACACCGCUCCCCAGGAGCCCAACAGCGCUAAGCUCGUCUCCAGCAGAUGAUCUCUGUGGUCUGGACGUCACAGCCCAAAUAAAACCUUGUAUAGAAACUUCUCAGCUAGGGGCCGUGUUGGCGCCCUGUCGGAGACGGUUGGACUCUACAGGCAGUUCAGACAGCUAUGAGGAGCUCAACAUGGCAAAAUGUGCAGACGGUGAUCCUAUAGAAAUGUCAGAUAAGAACAUGCUCCAGCCGCUUCCCCGUGUCCGCAAGUCUCGGCACAGCAGCCUGUACAGCGACGAUGAGCUCCUGGAUGAGGACGACGACUCCGUGGCGGAAAAGCGGCACUCAUGGAUUGAGGAUUACAGCCAAAUCUCUAGCAGCCAGAACAGCAUCUAUCUGCCCACCACAGCUCUGCCCCCCAAGGAUGACUCCACCCCACAACUCACCCCCGUCAUUAAGAUGGGCUGGCUCGAUAAGAACCCUCCACAGGGGUCCCUGAUCUAUCAGCGGCGUUGGGUCAAACUGGACGCUGAUUACCUGCGAUACUUUGACAAUGACAAGGAUGUUUAUUCAAAGCGGCUCAUACCAACAUCCUCCAUCACAACAGUGACCAGUGUGGGAGACCAGAAGUUUGAGGUGGUCACUCAUAAUCGCACCUUCCUGUUUCGGGCUGAGAGUGAUUUGGAGAGGAAUGAUUGGGUGAUGGUGCUACAGGACAUCAUCAGUUCAUCUCGCCUGAAGCCGAGCUCUGAGUUGACCCUUAACCUCUAUGCGACCGCAGAGAUGAAAGGUUACCUGGAGGUUCGGGGCCUGCGCUCUAAACUCUACACCACAGUGUGUGGAGACAAAGUGUUCCUUUACAAAAAUGCUGAGGACUAUAAGUUGGGUAUCGGGAUCACAGCUAUAGAUAUGAAUGUGGGGAAUGUGAAAGACAUGGACAGAAGAGCUUUUGACCUGACCACACCUUACCGCGUAUUCAGUUUUGUGGCAGAAACUGAUCAGCUCAAGGACCAGUGGAUGGAGGCAAUGAGGAACUCCAUUGCUGAAGCUCUGUCUAACUAUGAGGUAGCAGAGAAGAUAUGGGCGGAACCAGCCAAUCAGGAUUGUGCUGACUGUUGCGCCACCAAACCAGAGUGGGCAGCUAUUAAUCUGGGGGUUGUCUUCUGCAAGCGCUGUGCAGGAGAACACCGCAGUCUUGGUCCGAGCAUAUCAAAAGUACGAAGCCUCAAAAUGGACAGAAAGGUGUGGACUGAUGAUUUAAUCCAGCUGUUUCUGGAGGUGGGCAACGAGAGAGCCAAUCAAUUUUGGGCAGCUAACAUUCCACCCAGCGAGGCCUUGACUCCGCUCAGCAGCAGUGACGAGCGCCGGCGUUUUAUCACGGCUAAAUACCGCGAGGGCAAAUACCGACGCUACCACCCACUGUUCGGCAACCAAAAAGAGCUUGACAAUGCGUUGUGUAUUAACGUGCAGUCUAAUGAUGUGUGUGAGACUCUCGCCCUCAUCUUUUGCGGUGCCGAUGUGAACUGUGACACGGGUAUCCCAGAAUUCCCCACUCCUGCUGCCUUGGCCCUGCACUACGGUCAGAAGCUGCAGGUGGAGUUCCUGACUCAGAACCGCAACAUUGAGAUUCCGAGGUCAGAGGUCAAACUGGCCAUGCACACAGAGCACUACAUGGCCCCGCCUUCCAUCACACACAACGGCUUCCUUUUUAAAAUCGCCUCUAUGGCUCGUCCAAUCACAGAGAGGAAGAAUAAAGAAGAGUUCAGUCGGAGGUGGUGUGUCCUGAAUGAUGGACAUUUUAAUUAUUACGAAAGUGAUAAGAAUGCAACACCCAAUGGAGGACUGAAAAUGAAAGAGAUCGUCUGUCUGGCUGUCAAUCCUCCUGAGACGCACGGGUAUGAUCACUCGUUUGAGAUUUACUCAGAUGCAGAGCGUCUCUACCUGUUUGGGACGGACAGUCCUGACUCCAUGAAGGAAUGGGUCAAGUCCAUCGCCAAGUCGUUCAUCCCAGCAUGUGCCGAAGACCUGCUGCAGAAGGAUUUCGAGCGGAUCGGGCGUCUGCGCUAUAAAGACCCUCUAAACCUGGAGAGCUGGAGGCCGGGCUGGUUCUGUCUCGAGGCGUCCACGCUGCAUGUGUGUUUGGAGGACAGUCAGAGCCGUGAGAGCAUCCAGCUGCAGAAACUUCUGGAACUCUCGAGGGAUAAUGAAGUUCUGGUGCUUGUGGAGCGGGGCAGGACUCUGUACAUUGAGGGAGAGAGGAAGUUGGAUUUUCAUGGCUGGGCAUCGGCCAUCCAGAGGGCUGCUGGGAGUUCCGGAGAUAACCUGAGUCAGCAGCAGCUCACUGAGGCCGAUAUCCCACUCAUAGUGGAGCGUUGUAUACAUUACGUCACGCAGUACGGCCUCGCAUCAGAAGGUAUUUACCGUAAGAGUGGCGUGAACAGUAAGAUCGCCUCCCUGCUGGACACCUUCAGGAACGACGCUCGCUCUGUGUGGCUUAAAGAGGGAGAGCAUCAAGUGGACGACGUGUCCAACGUCCUCAAAAGGUUCUUCAGGGACAUCGAGGAGGGACUGUUCGGUCCACAAUCUCACAACUGGCUCAGCACUACGGCUCUCUCAGAUGAAAGCAGGAAGAUUUCUCAGUAUCGGCUUCUUUUUGAAAAUCUGCCUCGAGUUAACAAAGCCACACUACGCACGCUGGUCAAUCACUUAUACUGUGUGCAGCGGUUUUCAGAACUGAACCAUAUGAACCUCCAUAACCUCGCAAUAGUUUUUGGGCCAACACUUUUCCAAACAGACGGUCAGGACUACAACGCAGGGCGCGUGGUGGAGGAUCUCAUACAGCACUACAUCACCAUUUUCAGCGUCAAUGAACAGCAGUUAAAGAAACAGCUUGAUGAGAUCACCUUCAUCAUUAAGUUACGAGAAAACCUCAACUCUAUACCAGGACCGGCCAGUGGGGAUUUUAUCUGCACAGUGUAUCUGGAGGAGAAGAAGGAGAUGGCUGAGCAGCAUGUGAAGAUCCCAGCCACGAUGACGGCAGCUGAACUGGCCUUCGAGAUCCUGGACCGCAGGAAGAUCAGCAUCAAGGAGAAGGACUACUGGUGCUGCUUUGAGAUCAAUGAGAAAGAGGAGACUGAACGUCCUCUGCACUAUCAGGAGAAAGUGUUGCCGAUCCUGCACAGUUUAGGGACAGACAGUCACCUGCUUAUCAAAAAGCACUAUUCAAUGGAGGCCAUGCUCAUCUACCUGGCCAGUAAAGUGGAUGUGACUAAACAUGGCAUGCUGAAGUUUAGAGAGGAGCGCAGUCUGCUGGGUCUGAGUACAGGAAGCUUCAAUGAUAGAUACUUCAUGCUGAACCAGACCUCACUACGACUCUACAAAGAUGUCCGGAAUCUGCACAAGGAUCAGUUGCUGCUGUGUAGUAAUCGGGCAGAGAAGGAGUGGCCUGUCAAGUGUCUAAAAGUCUCAGGGAUAAAGAAGAAACUCCGCCCACCAACGUGUUGGGGUCUGACUGUGGUGUAUGAAAGUGAGAAGCCUGAGAAGCAGGACAAACAGCAGUGGUAUCUGUGCUGUGACACUCAGACAGAGAUGAGGGAGUGGCUCGCUACAUUUCUCAGUAUACAGCAUGCAGGUGUCCUGUGGCCGGCCGAAUGGUUGAAGUCGCGUCCUGUCACUCGUUCCUCUCCUCCGCUGGACUCUCGUCUCGGUAGCGUGUCGCUAAUUCCUCUGCGUGGUACUGAGAGUGAGAUGAGGAACAGCGUGGCUGCUUUCUCCGCCGAUCCCUUGGCUCUCUUAAGAAACCUAUGACCAAGAACUGAUGCUGUCUGAGAAGAUGAGGAAUAUUCCAGAACACAUGAACCAAUCAGACCAGCUGGAUUCAGUCUUGACGUGCUAGAUGGAUAUGGUUAUUGAUGUUUAUCCCUCAUGUGAUCUUCUGGAAAGUUCUCGCAGCUGUUUUUUUAGACUUUGUAAACUUUAAACCCAGAACCCUUCCUCCACGUCACUUCCUGCAGCUGCACUGAGGGACAGCCAAUCACAAGUCCUUCUGGAAAGUUCUCCUGGAUAUUGUAAGUGUUUGUCGGACCAACGUGAAGUUCUGAGAAGGUUUCCUGGAUCAGUAAAAAGUGGACUAUGGACUGCAUCAUGCUGUAUGUGAGAGCGAGCGGUUAUUGCACCACUUUUAACUUUAAUCACAUUUAUGUAACUCUGGACACAAUUCUCCUGAAGUUAGUUUAAUACAGAAUAAAACACUCGAUAGCUGCAGGUCAAGCUGUUAGGAAUUAUUAACAUUUUAUUAACUCUCUGUGUCCCCCCAGUACUACUGUCUCUCCAAAUUAACCUUCUGAUUAUUAAAUUAUUUAUUUUAAUUUUUGUUUGUAUGUAAACAAAUCUGAUUUGUCUUUCACAUUCCUUCACUGUUUUUCCUUUAUAUGUUUGUAUUGUAUUGUACCAAAUUGUUACAGAAAGUGUAAUUAGUUAUAAUUAAUGUAUAUUGAUUUAAUUAAAAGUUAUUAUUUAGUCUUAUGUUUUGAAGAAUGAAUGAAUGCACUGUCCUUGUAAACAUAAUGCGUGUAAAUAGUUUCUAAAAUUCAAUCAAUUCUGAAAAAAAGACACUUCUAAAAGAAGUUAGCUUUCACCUAUAAGUUACAAGUUGUACAAUAAACUGGUACUAGCUCCA